CAGAGGCAGGGUUCUGGAAAGAACGCUCCGGCGUGGGCUUGCAUGACUGAAUGAAUGAACCGUGGGGGUUUAUGGGAAGCUCCCGGUGAAUAAGAUGCUAGAUGCCCCACCCCAGCCCCAAAGCCUUGACCCCUGGGCCUCUGAGCCCAGAGGAUUCCAGGCAAGUCUGAACCUGAGGGGCUAGAAACCUCUCGCCAGUCCGCUAGAGGAAUGACCGUCUUCAGACGAGGUGCCAUUCCCAUCGGACCAGAUUCCAGGAGGGCAGCCGAAGAGGGUGAGGGGUCUUCUGAGCCUGAGAGCCCUCCCUGCGCUGGGAGGCCCCAGACUGGGUGGAGCAGCCACACCUGCCCGAAGUUUCGAGGAAGAGGCGGAAACGGCAGCAGCACCGCCCUCUCGAAGGCUCUGCGGGCCCCUGCGGUCUGCUGGUCACAGUGGGUCCCACAACUUACUCACUUCCCUAAAUGGGCAACUUCACUUUUAGAACCACAGGCCUUCCCUGGCAGACCCGAGUGGCACGUCCAGCCCAGGCGGGGGGCCCUCGCCUUGGACCCCUGCCCCGUGCGGGGCUGGUGCCUGUCCUCACUGCAUGGAGCCAUGGCUUCCACCUUCCUCCUGCUGCCGCUGCUGCUGCUGUGGCUCCAGGGCCCCGUCUCAGGUGUGCCCCUCGAGAGAGUGUUCUCCAAAGUGCAUCACUUUGAAGGGGAGACUCUGUCUGUGCAGUGCUCCUACAAGGGCCGCAAACAUCACGUGGAGGGUAAGGCUUGGUGCAAAGUCAGACGGAAGAAGUGUGAGACGGGGUUCCCCCGUGUGGGGGUGCAGGGGCCGCGCUAUCUGCUGCAGGACGACACCCGGGCCAAGGUGGUCACCAUCACCAUGGCGGCCCUGCGGCGCCAGGACUCGGGGAGGUACUGGUGCAUGCGCAACAGCUCCGGCACCCUCUACCCUCUGAUGAGCUUCCUGCUGGAAGUGUCUCCAGCCUCCACGACCAAGAGAAACACUCCUCUUAUGAAGCUGGCCACCGUCCUCAAGAGCGGAACUGUCAUCCCCACCGGCCCCAUCCCUAUCUCAGGCCCUGAAUCCCCUUUCACCACCAGCGUGCCGGUGCUCACAGCUGGAUUCCUCACCUUGGCCAGACUCUUGCCCUCCCCCACCGGGACCGUCAGACGGACCUCUGUGACUGGCACCAGCCCCUCCACCUUGGAGCCCAGGGGGACCACGGGGUCCCAGACAGUGACUGCGUCUCCCAGCAGUGCCCGAGCCCCCUCUGCCGGCCCGGCCUCCACGUCCACUGAGGCUGGGUGCCUGCCCACCGGAUUGCCCGCCACCACCAGCAGACCUCACCUCAACCGAUUAUCCCCCCGCAGCAGGCACCAGGAUUCUUAUCCCAUUGUGCUCCUGGGGGUGCUGGCCUUGCUCCCAGUUCCUGUGAUGCUAAUCAUGGUCUACGGGUUCUGGAAGAAAAGACACAUGGGAAGCUACAGCAUGAGCCGAGGUUCUGCCAGAUCCUGGAGGCACCCACCUGCAAGGCUGGAGUCUCCGCAGAAACCCAUCUGGUCUGAAGCCAUCUAACUGUGGGGUGGGGGGAACUUCUUCCAGAGGGGACCCCGGGAAGCCAGAGGAAGAGUGAAGACCGGACCUGCCUGGAUUGGAGCCAGGCUGGGGCUGAGGACUGUGUAAUGCAGGACUCAGGCCUUUCCAGAACCGAGGCUGCACUGCACCCACUCAGAUCCCCUGGGCUUCCAGGAACCUGAUGGGGGCGGAUGGGGGUGGGGAGCAGAGCAGAGGGCACCAGGUUGGAAGUCCCCAGGGGUUGAGGGGGGGUGCCCCCCAGGGAAUUCUGUUCACAGACCCCUGGGCCCCGGAUGGAUGGCAGAGAAGCCCUGACGGUGCUGUUUACAGAUAGAACCUCAGCUCCCAUGGGCCUCGGAGCCUCUUACUGUGGAGCUGAUGGGGGGAGGGGUGCACAGCUAGGGCCACUAGCUCCCCUCACUUUCCCGCUGCUCCCCUCAAGUGUCGCCAGGCCUUUGGGGGGAAGAAAGAGUCCUAGAGACAGCUUGUAUCCCAAGGGUCCCACCUUGGAGAAGGGAUAGUGACUAAGAGCUGGGGGUCGCCAGAGGUGUUGGGGACCUCAGAGCUGUCCAACCCCCCACAUCCUGGGCCACAUGUCCUCUCCAGGGCCCUUGGGUGUGCCCUAACUUGACUGGAAGCCAGCAGAGCCUACAUGCCUCCAGCUGCUGCUAGCAGGCCACCCCCUCCCCUAGGGAAAGCUGGGAGCGGGCAGCUGGGAGCCCCUCACCUUCAGGACCAGUCUGUCCCCAGACUUGUGUGCACAGGCCAAUCAGGACUCUCCCCACCAGUCCCCACACCCCACCCUGGGUCUGAGCUUCUGGAGGGGCCUCAGGGCCCUUGAGGGUCCACUGGAGGGGAGGCCAUGGCUCAGAGAAGGGGGGGAUCACCCACCUGCCCUGUGGGGAAGAAAGGACCCACCUGUGACCCAGCAAAGGUCACAGGGAGGAGAGAGCCAAGGAGCCUGGGCCAGGGGCCCAAAGCCUGGGGGAGUGUGCCCUGCCCUUAGCUCGUGGCUCAGGCUGAAGAAGAGGGACUGGAUUCCUCCCUGGGAGAGGGGUGUCCACCGGCCUGGGGCCACUGGAAUGAGAGCCUCGGGGUAGCUGUGUCUUCUCCUCUCUUGGCCCUGGGCCACAGGCCUCCCAGGGUGGGAGAGCAAAUGUCCACAUCAGGGUGGGGCGUGGGGACUAGCGGGAUACAGCCAGGCCUUUGGUGGGCGGGCAGCCAGGAUGGAAGUGGGGAGAGAAGAAGGGGUAGAGGCAAUCCUGGGGGACAGCAGGGAGGUGGCACCUCUUCCCUACGUCCAGGGAAGGGUGCUAGAAGGGAGGUUCAGACUAAGGCACUGAAGGCCUGGUGCCAGGAGACAGACAGACAGACAGACAGACAGACACACACACACACACACACACACACAGUGAUAAGUAUCCCCCCUAUUAGGAGGGUGUGGCCAUCACCCAGUGGGUAACUAGGAGGAGGUUUAUUCUCCACCCUAAAACCACAUGCUGACGGCCCUGCCCUGCUGAGAACAGGGUGUUGGUGGGCAAGCAGUGCAGAGGCUCAGGAUGGGGACCUAGCUGUGCCACCUGUCACCGUGAGACCCUGUGGAAGUCACUAACCCUAUCGGGCGUCAUUUUUUCUCUCUUGGGAAAGAAGACACUAAUUCCUACCUCUCAAAACUGUUUUUAGGAUAAAACAAAAUAACAUGGACCUCA